UUGUCAGUCGCCAUUAUCUAUGGCUAAGACGAAAUAACACUAUCACAGUGGUACCAUAGUACCUCGUAAGGUACUUCGUUUUUCGUUUGGAUACGAAUUUAUUAAUACAAUUUACAACUAUGUCUCUUUUAAAUCUCGGUGAAGACACUUGGAUUCGUGAGUAUGUAUCAUGUGAAAAAUUAUACAGGGAUAUCAUGGGACUUCUGUCUCAAAGACAGAGAGAACCAAAAACAACUACUCAUUAUUCCCAGCUUUCUGCAUCUGUUCGUCUCUAUUUAAAACAGUAUAAUAAUGAAGUGACUCAAUUGAAGGAGAAAUUAGAUCAUAUUUCGAAAACUCAGUUGAUUACAUAUGAUGAAAUUGAAAGGAGAGUGAGGCAAAUAGAAAUUCUUAAAUCAAAAGGGAUUAAUUUAAAAAAAGUAUUUGAUACACCUAUUAGAACAUUAGAGCACGACAGAGAUCAACUUCUUGGAACAGCUGGAGGUUCUAGUUGGGACAGUGAUGAACAGCUAAUUGAAAAGCCUGGAGGUGUAGGCGAUAUUAUAUCACAACAUAAAAGGUUACUAGAAGAUCAAGAAAAAGGUUUAGAAAAUUUAUCUAAAAUUAUAUCGCGUCAGAAAAACAUAGCCCAAACAAUAACUACAGAAGUAAGUCUACAAAAUGAAAUUAUAGAAGACCUGGGGGAACAUAUGGAUAGGACUGAUGGUAGAAUAAACACUGAAACUAAGCAUGUCAGCAUUAUUGGUCAUAAAGAUAAUACUUGCAUGUAUUGGAUAACAAUCCAUACUUAUGCAACUGAAGCAAACAUCCACAUUGGUCAAAAGAGUUUAAGAAGAGGAGUCAAAUGACAAAAUAAAAUAUGGUAGGUGCUAUUUGAAAAAACCAAGUUAUUCGUAUUUGAAGUUUUUAAACUUUGGAUUUGUUUUCUGAACGCCCAGUACAAAUAAUGUAGCUCAAUUGUGGUGUAGUAUUAGCCUAAAAUACGACUAUAACUGAUAAAAAUUUCAAAACAAAGUAAUUUUUUGUGGAAGUUAUGAUUUUUUAUAGUU